AUGCGUCAUAGUUCUGGAUUUGGGUGGGACUCCGUCUCAAAGAAAUUCACAGCUACUGAAGAAGUAUGGCAAGAUUACUUUAAGUCCCACCCAAGUCAAGUGCAUCUUCAAAGAGAUACAUUUGCAGACUAUGAGGAUUUGGUAAUUGCAAUUGGCAAUGGAACAGCUGCUGGGAAAAACUCAAUUGGACUUGGUGAUGAUACCGAUGCUAGAACGUAUGAAGUUGGAGAAAGUAGACCUACCAAUUUGCAAGAUACCAAUGAGGCAUUUGUACCAAGUCAAAAUGAAACAUCAUACCAAUCUUUGUCGUCUGGUAAUUUUACUUCAUCACCUUUUCUAGACACAAAUUUGGAAGCUCCAUUAGAAAAGCUCCCUCCAAGAAAGAAACCUAAAACUGAGUUUGAAGCAAAUAAUAAUUCAGUUGAGACCAUAACUCGAGCUGAACUGGUAGAAAAAGUUUAUGUGGGCAUGGAUUCAAUUGCUGCAAUUACCACUGAAAUUCGAGGAAUGCAUAGCCUAAUGGAGAAAAGAGAGAAAGAGAGAGAGAAAACCAACAAUGUUUGGGAUGCUAUCAAGGAGACUCCGAACUUGGAUAAUCGUGCUCGUUACAAAGCACUUGGACUGGUUCAUAAGCUGGGAAUGAAAAAUGCAUUCCUGAAAAUGUCACCUGAAGAGCGCUCAGAGUGGAUAUUAUACACUAUGGAAUGA